UAAUAUUUGUAUUUGCUGAAUUCUUGCGUUUGUACCCGGAAAAGGGACCACGAAGAACAUGGACGUUGGUGAUCAGAAUAAUAGAACCACAGACCUGGGAAAGGUUCAUCGCAUAGGCUGUGUCGGGAAUACCGGGCGCAGGUUUCUGUUGGCGAUGAACAUCGUCGUCAUCGUAGUCGGUGUCCUGGUGGUAAUAGCUGGAUUUCUACUGAAAACACAACAGACAGCUAUACACGCUGUUUCCGAUGCACUGCUCAACGGGGUCAAGGCUGCAACUACCUCUUCCGGUUUAACAGGAACUGACCUUUCGACCUUUGACCUAGCCGGUAUAAUAGACAGUGCAGCUGACGGUUGUAUAUCAAUCGGUGUAAUACUCUGUGUUGUUGCAAUGUUUGGAUUGUAUGGGAUAAAAUCGAAAAAUGAAACUGUUCUCAUUAUGUACGCCUCGGUGAUUGGGACACUCGUGAUAGCGGAGCUGGUGUUUCUAAUUGUAAUGUUCAAACUCCGAAGCAAGGUAGACGAGUCAUUGAAAGCUCCACUAAGGGAUCUGAUCAACACACAGUACGCAGGCUUCGACGGAAGUGACGUAGUGUCCGUCGCCUUUAACUUCAUCAUGAUAAAGCUUUCCUGUUGUGGUGUUGACGGCUUUAGCGAUUUCUACAGAGCAGCGCAAUGGCCAAAACUUGUUCAAACCAACGGUAGCAUCGACGUUCCUUUAUUGACACCCCUGGCCUGCUGUAAACCGGAAGUAAGGACGAGGAACAACUAUGCAUGUGCAGCAAAUCCUACAAAUCAGAAUUCUAAUUAUCGUCAGGGAUGCUACAAUUCUAUCUGGGAUGAAGUGUACAGCCACAACACGCUGAUCAUCACGUGUGCCACGGGGGUAGGAUUAUUCGAGCUCCUCCUCAUCUUUUUCGCCAGUUGGGUAGCGCAUGAAAUCAGAGUCCUGCGGAAAAGGAAACCCCGUCGACCCGUCCGAAAUCUAGCUGAUGUGCAACUUGAUACCAGCUCCGCUUCGGAGGGAGGCAGAGAAAUGCCAAUAUCCGUUUUAUCAACGAAUCGCGCAUCUGCUACCGGAAAUAACGUAUCAAUCAGACGUGAUUCCGACGGCAGUGUUCAUAUCUUCCCAGAUCCUAAUAAGAUAGUUUCUAACAAGCUUUCCUCUUCCCUCGAACCUCCCCCAUACACAUCCUCGCAUUUCCUUCCUCAACGCAGACCUACGUUCAUGAACUUUCCGAUCGCCCAGUCAGGUAUAACAGCUAGCCAAUCGACACCAUUUCCAUUCGAAACAAGUGAUGGUCAAUGUCAGGGCUUCACCAGAUGUUCAUCCGUGUUUCAAGGCCAUUCGGAAUGCAACUGUCAACGACGUAGGUCAGGCUGUUGUUGUAGUCAAGAGCAAAUGAAUUAUAUGUGUGGUAACCAUGGCGAUCAUAGAGGUAAUUCAAUUUCUUGUGCAUGCGAGGAAAGUGGAUCGAAUUUUCAAGGACAAAGGCAUCUUCCGGAGAAGUCAUUUUCUACCCAGGAUCAGCUCCCGCCGCCGUACAACGGAGGUCAGUAUGUCGCUAGCACGUAUUCUUGUUCCGCUUCCGGUUAUGCAAUAGAAAAUGCAAAUACCAUAAAUGAGAAGUCGAGCAUCAAGACCAAUAGCAACGCUCUGCUAAAGUCACAGUCGGAGAGGGACGAAUUUGGGAGUGGACCUAGAAACAGUGACGUCUAUAACAGCGUCACUUCCGCUCAUCGACAUCCGAUAAAGAUGAACCAGAAUAUGGUCACUAACAUGCAACUACCUAACACCGAAGACAGCAAUACAAACCAGGGAAUGCCCACGUCAUUACAGGCAUGCGCAGAAGGAAAUGACGUAGAUGCUACACCAAAUUCCAACCGCAGUAAUCAGCAGAAGCGGUCGUUGUUUAACCGCCGGUCAAUAUCUGGACCGUGUACAAAGGCAGCGAAGGAUGAUGCGCCACUUCAUUUGCGCAUGCGUAGUCAGAGCUUUGUAGAAUAUUGAUUAUAAUUAUAAAUAAAUUAGUAUGC